AGGUCGUGCUAUGAUGCAUUUACGGAAAACAUGGCAGGAGAGAGCCAGCUGUUGGAGAGGAGGAGACAGUAUCACUGCGCAGCAUAUAAUUGUGCUAUUGCUGUUAUCAGUUGUGUCUUCACGGAAAGUAAAUUUUAUCAAGGCUUUCUUUUUACAGAAAAAUCAGAAAAGAACUUGCUGAUUUUUGAAAAUUUGAUAGACCUGAAGCGUCAGUAUACAUUUCCUGUAGAAAUUGAGGUGCCCCUGGAAAGGAAGAAGCGGUACAUUGCUAUUAGAAAGGAGGCCAGGGAUGCAGGGAAUAGCAAGCAGGAUGAACCCAAGUAUUUAGCUUCUGCAUCGUACAUGAUGGAUAGCAGUUUGAGUGAGGAAAUGAGUCAGUUUGAUUUUUCUACUGGAGUCCAAGGUUUUUCUUACAGCUCCCAAGACGUUGCAGCUAGUGGUGCUCGUUUCAGGAGAAAGGAGCCCACAGAAUACAUGGUUUUAAACGAUGAAAUGGAACUGGAAAUGGAUGAACUCAACCAACAUGAAUGCAUGGCUUCUAUGACCACUCUGAUUAAACAUAUGCAGAGGAACCAGAUCACACCCAAAGUGGAGGAGGGGACAGUUCCAGUAGAUCUUCCUCUUUGGAUGAAGUUUCUGCAUGGCAAAUUGGGAAACCCAUCAGUACCGCUAAAUAUUCGCCUCUUCAUAGCGAAACUUAUUGUUAAUACCGAGGAUGUUUUCCGGCCUUACGCAAAACAGUGGCUUGGUCCAUUGCUGCAGCUUGUUGUUUCUGGGAAUAAUGGAGGUGAAGGGAUUCAUUACAUGGUAGUGGAAAUAGUAGUUACUAUCCUUUCCUGGACAAGUGUAACCACUCCCAAAGGGAAUAUUAAGGAUGAGAUUUUAGCUAACAGAUUGCUUGAAUUCUUGAUGAAGAAUGCCUUUCACCAAAAAAGAGCUGUGUUCAGACACAAUCUGGAAAUCAUAAAGACAGUUAUAGAGUGUUGGAAGAACUGUCUCUCCAUACCUUACAGUUUAAUAUUUGAAAAGUUUUCUAGUGGAGACCCAGACACAAAGGACAAUUCAGUGGGAAUUCAGCUGCUGGGAAUUGUUCUUGCUAACAAUUUACCUCCCUUUGACCCAAAAUGUGAAGUAGAUCGUGUCAGGUAUUUUCAGGCUUUGACCAGCAACAUGGGCUUAUUAAAGUAUAAAGAAGUUUAUGCAGCUGCAGCGGAAGUGUUGGGACUUGCUCUUCGAUACAUUGCUGAGAGAGAAAAUGUACUUGAAGAUCCAGUUUAUGAUUGUGUCGUAAGACAGUUAAAACAUCAUCAGAACACCCAACAGGAUAAGUUUAUUCAAUGCCUGAAUAAAGUUGUUAAGAAUUUUCCACCUCUUGCUGACAGGUUUAUGAACGCAGUAUUCUUUUUGAUACCCAAACUUCACGGUGUGAUGAAAACUUACUGUCUGGAGGUAAUAAUGUGCCGGGCGGAAGAAGUACCUGAUCUCCACUUGCAGUUAAAGGGUAAAGACUUUAUCCAGAUCAUGAAUCAUAGGGAUGAUGAAAGGCAAAGGGUUUGUUUGGAUAUAGUGUACAAGAUGCUGUCUAAACUAAAACCACUAGAACUGAAAGAACUUCUUCCAGGAGUGACAGGGUUCAUUUCUCACCCCUCUGUCAUAUGUCGACAGCGCAUGUAUGAUAUUCUGAUGUGGAUUUAUGAUAACUACAGUGAUCCAGAAAGCCAAGCAGAUGGUGAUUCUCAGGAAAUACUCAAACAGGCAAAAGAAAUGCUGCUUCAAGGACUGAUUGAUGAGAAUGCUGAACUGCAAUUAAUUGUUAGGAAUUUUUGGAGCAAUGAGACAAGGUUACCCACAAAUAUUCUUGAUCGCAUGCUGUCGUUGUUAAGUUCUUUAUAUUCCGCCAAGAUUGAAACACAGUACUUGAGUCUAAUCACAAAUUUUCUGCUUGAAAUGACUAGCAAGAGCCCGGACUAUUCCAGAAAAAUAUUUGAGCAUCCGCUGUCUGAAUGCAAAUUUCAGGACUUUGUAAUUGAUUCCAGCUGGCGUUAUCAGAGUACCAUGCUCACACCGAUGUUUGUGGAGACUCAAGCUUCUCAGAGCAUCCACAGGAACUUAUCACAAGAAAGAUCCCUUUCUGCUUCUGGGUCAAUCGGUGGUCGAGUGAGGGCUACCCAACGGCAAUACGAAUUUACACCUACACAGCAUGCCAGUGGUAGAAGUUCUUUUAAUUGGCUAACUGGAAGUAGCAUUGACACAUUGGCAGAGUAUACGGUUCCUUCAUCCUCUGAAUCCUUGUCUUCAUCCAUGCUGUUGGUUAGCAAACGGAGUGAAAAAAUUAAACAAGCAACUUUUAAACCAGUGGGGCCGGAUUUUGGGAAAAAAAGGUUGGGUUUGCCUGGAGAUGAGGUGGACAGCAAAGCUAAAGGUUUAGAAGAACGAGCAGAAAUUCUGAGACUGCGGAGACGUUUCUUGAAGGACCAAGAGAAACUCAGUCUGAUUUAUGCUAGAAAAGGUGUGGCUGAACAGAAAAGAGAAAAGGAGAUGAAAUCUGAGCUGAAGAUGAAGUAUGAUGCCCAGGUUACUUUGUACAGAAGGUACCGAGUAGGAGACCUUCCUGACAUCCAGAUUGAAUACGCCAGUCUCAUUGCCCCUCUGCAGGGCCUUGCCCAGAAAGAUCCAACAUUUGCCAAGCAACUUUUCAGCAGUUUGUUUGGUGGAAUUUUUCAUGAGAUAGAAAAAUCUAAAACUCCUUCUGAGAAAAAAGCCAUCAUCCAGAAGCUCCUGAACGACUUCAAUAACUUCCUGAGUAUGAGCCUGUCUUACUUUCCACCCUUCAUUGCGUGCAUCCAGGAAAUGAGUUACCAGCACAGAGAGCUACUGGAACUGGAUUCGGCUAAUGUGAGCACGAGCUGCCUUGCAAGCUUGCAGCAGCCCGUGGGCAUCCUUCUCCUGGAGCAUGCCCUGAUGGCUCUGUGCCCUGCGGAGGAGCCCCCAUCCAAGCGGAUGCGUGGGAGGACGGACCUUCCCCCAGAUGUCAUCAGAUGGAUUGAGCUUGCUAAGCUGUACCGAUCUCUUGGGGAUUAUGAUGUCCUUCGUGGCAUUUUCAGUGGAAAGAUUGGGACUAAGGAAAUCACACAGAAAGCACUGUUGGCAGAAGCACGGAGUGAUUAUGCUGAAGCAGCUAAAUAUUAUGAUGAGGCACUCUCUAAAGAAGACUGGCAAGAUGGAGAGCCAACGGAAGCGGAGAAGGACUUUUGGGAACUUGCAUCUCUGGAAUGCUAUGACCACCUCACAGAGUGGAAGUCUCUGGAGUAUUGUGCCACCAUUAAUAUCGAUAGUGGAAAACCUCCAGACCUAAGCAAAACGUGGAAUGAUCCAUUUUUUCAGGAGACCUAUCUGCCCUAUAUAAUACGCAGUAAGUUGAAGUUACUGCUCAGCGGGGAAAAUGACCAGACUUUGCUAACUUUUAUUGAUGAGGCAAUGAAGACAGAACAGAAGAAAGCUGUUAUAGAAAUGCAUUACAGCCAAGAGCUCAGUCUCCUUUACAUCCUGCAAGAUGAUUUUGACAGAGCCAAAUACUACAUUAGCAAUGGCAUGCAGAUCUUCAUGCAGAGUUAUUCCAGUAUCGAUACUUUGUUAUAUCAAAGUCGAAUGACUAAACUGCAGUCUGUACAAGCUUUGACAGAAAUACAGGAUUUCAUCAAUUUUAUGACCAAGAGAAGUAACUUAGCUUCACAGGCUUCCCUUAAGAGGCUUCUCAGAAUUUGGACAAGCAGAUAUCCAGAUGCUAAAAUGGAUCCUAUGAACAUCUGGGAUGAUAUCAUUACAAAUCGGUGUUUCUUUCUUGACAAGCUGCAGGAGAAACUUCUCUGUGAUCAGGCCAAUGAUAGUAUGGAGGUGGACGAAGAGUGCAGUGCUGGUGACCAAAUGGAAGUGGAUCAACAGGGUGAAGACAUUUACUCAAUGAUUAGAAGCUGCAAAUUUAACAUGAAAAUGAAGAUGGUAGAAAGUGCCAGGAAACAGAACAGCUUCUCAGUUGCCAAGAAGCUUCUGAAAGACCUACGCAGAGAAGCCAAGAUGAGGGAAGACUGGCUGAUGAGGUGGAACUAUGCCUAUUGCCGCUUUAUGCAUAGUUGCAGCCGGAACCAGAGUUGUCCUGAACGAGUGCUCUCAGUGUUAAAAACCAUCUCCCUGCUUGAAGAUACCAAAUCUGACUAUCUUAGCAAGAACAUCAUGGCCUUCCGAAACCAGAAUCUUCUUCUGGGUACUACAUACCACAUCAUGGCCGAUGCUCUUAGUCAGGAUCCAAGAUGCCUUGAACAAAUCGAGGAGGAAAAGGCUGGAAAAAUAUCAGUGCUAUCAGGAGAAAGUCUUGAGAGUCCUGAAAAGGUAUUGGCAGGACUGAACAAGAAGGCUCUUCAGUGUUUCAGCAGCGCUGCCAGGAAGUCCGAAGAGGAGGUGCAGUCCCACUCCGUGGAACACGUCGAUGUGACGGGCGUUAUCGAUGCGUACAUGACUCUGGUUGGUUUCUGUGACCAGCAUCUGCGUCGGGAAGAAGAAGGCUUGCUUGAAAUUAACGCUGCAGAUCUGCAACUAUUCCCAGCUAUUGUGGUGGAGAAAAUGAUAAAAGCUUUAAAACUGAACUCCAGGGAAGCCAGGCUGAGAUUUCCUAGACUGCUGCAAAUAAUUGAAAGAUAUCCAGCAGAGACACUGGGUCUAGUGACACGAGAGCUUUCUUCGGUGCCCUGUUGGCAGUUCAUUGGUUGGAUUAGCCAGAUGAUGGCACUACUUGACAAGGAUGAAGCAGUAGCCGUGCAACAUACUGUUGAAGAGAUCGCCGAUACCUAUCCCCAGGCCAUCAUCUACCCUUUCAUGAUCAGCAGUGAAAGUUACUGUUUCAAAGACACUGCAACUGGUUGUAAGAACAAGGAGUUUGUAGAAAGGAUCAAGAAUAAGCUGGACAGAGGAGGAGUAGUUCAAGAUUUUGUUCACUCCCUGGAACAGCUCUCCAAUCCCAUAAUGCUUUUUAAGGAUUGGGUUGAGGAUGUCAGAAAUGAGUUGGUGAAAGCUCAGAGAAAUAAAAAUAAGCUUAAGGAAAUGUACGAAGGAAUGUACAAGACUUUGGGAAAUCUGGAGGCUCCUGGCCUUGGCUUGAUGAGGAAAAGGUUUAUUCAGGCUUUUGGGAAGGACUUGGACCAUCAUUUUGGAAAAGGCGGUUCAGAACUGUUGGCUAUGAAGGCUGGUGACUUCGACACGGUUACAAAUUCUCUCCUCUCAAAAAUGAACAAAACCCAUAAAGAACCUGGAAACCUGAAAGAAUGUUCACCGUGGAUGAGUGACUUCAAAGCUGAGUUCUUGAGGAAUGAACUAGAGGUUCCUGGUCAGUAUGAUGGAAAAGGGAAACCGCUGCCAGAGUACCACGCAAAAAUCUCUGGAUUUGAUGAACGGAUAAGUGUAAUGGAAUCCUUGAGGAAGCCGAAACGUAUAACGAUCCGAGGUAGUGACGAGCAGGAGUAUCCUUUUCUUGUCAAAGGUGGUGAAGACCUGCGACAAGACCAACGUAUCGAGCAGCUGUUUGAUGUGAUGAACAUUAUCCUUUCCCAAGAUGCUAUGUGUAGCCAAAGGAAUAUGCAGCUAAAAACUUACCAGGUCAUCCCCAUGACAACAAGACUGGGGCUCAUCAAGUGGCUGGAAAAUACUUGUACUUUAAAAGAAUUCCUUAAGAAUAGCAUGUCUGAAGAGGAAGACAUCAGCUAUAACAGUAAAAAAGGACCUCGUGCUGCCUAUUCUGAGUGGCUGUCCAAGAUGGGGGGGAAAGCACAAGGCAUCUCUCGGUACCAUGUUAUGUACAGGACUGCCAGCCGUACAGAAACGGUGAUGUCCUUCAGAAGCAGGGAGAGCAGCGUUCCUGAAGACCUGCUGCGGCGAGCCUUCGUGAGGAUGAGCACGUCUCCUGAAGCCUUCCUCUCCCUGCGGUCCCAUUUUGCCAGCUCUCAUGCGCUCAUGUGCAUCAGCCACUGGAUACUCGGUAUCGGAGACCGGCACCUGUCCAACUUCAUGGUUAACAAGGAGACGGGUGGCGUGGUGGGCAUAGACUUCGGGUGCGCCUUUGGCUCAGCUACGCAGUUUUUGGGCGUGCCAGAGUUGAUGCCUUUUCGCCUGACGCGCCAGUUUGUUAAUCUGAUGAUGCCAGUGAGAGAGUGGGGUCUCCUUUACAGCGUGAUGGUGCACGCCCUGAGGGCUUAUCGUGCGGAUCCAGAUCUCCUCAUCAGCACAAUGGAUGUGUUUGUGAAAGAGCCUUCUUUGGACUGGAAGAACUUUGAACAAAGACAGCUGAAAAAAGGAGGCACGUGGACUAAGGAAAUCAACACCUCCGAAGUGAACUGGUACCCUUUGCAGAAAGUCAGCUGUGUCAGGAGAAAGCUUACAGGUGCCAACCCAGCAGCCAUCACUUGUGAUGAGCUACGCCUGGGCCACGAGAAGUCGCCUUCUUAUCGUGAUUUUGCCGCUGUGGCUCGUGGCAGUGCUGAUCAUAACAUCAGAGCCAAAGAGCCGGAGGACGGGCUCUCAGAAGAGACCCAAGUGAGAUGCCUGAUCGAUCAAGCGACCGACCCCAACGUUCUUGGCAGAGUCUGGGAAGGAUGGGAGCCCUGGAUGUGA